AUGAAAGAUCAAUCUUGGAGAUGGCUUUUGGGUUUGGUUUAUAUAAUUACUGUUGCCUCUAUAUGGAUUGCUGCUAGUUUUGUCGUUCAGUCCGUUGUCGAUGCCGGUGUUUCACCUUUUCUUGUUACAUACCUCUGUAAUUCUUUGUUCAUAGUGUAUAUUCCCCUUGUCGAAAUUGUACGUUAUAUAGAGGAUAAAUAUGGAAGCUUGUUAUUUUGGCGAAAUAAGAAAAAUAUCACUUUGCAAGAUUCAGGUGAAUCAGAGGAGGCUAUUCUUCUUGAUGAGAAACCUGAGACAAGUAAAUUGGUUGUUGCUGAUGGGGAUUCUGUAUUAAAGAAGCGAAUUUUUUAUCAAAAUGUUGAUAUAGGUCUGGAUGCAAAAGGGCGUUGGACACGCUCUAGAGUAGCAAAAGUUAGCUUGUUAAUAUGCCCUAUUUGGUUUCUAGCACAACUUACAUUUAAUCUAUCACUCAAAUAUACAACUGUUACCUCAAACACCAUCUUAAGCAGUUCCUCCAGCUUGUUUACUUUUCUGGUGUCUCUUGUAUUCUUGGGAGAAGUUUUCACAUGGGUGAAGUUGUUCAGUGUUCUACUUUGUAUGGGAGGUACAAUCAUUGUCAGCUUGGGUGACUCAAAAUCAGGAUCUAGCAAAGUUGCUUCAAACCCCGUUCUUGGAGACAUUCUUUCACUCGUCUCAGCUGCUAUGUAUGCCGUUUAUAUAACCCUCAUUCGUAAAAAGUUACAUGAUGAUGAUGGAAAAAGUGGUCAUGCCAGUAUGGCACAGUUUCUUGGAUAUUUGGGUUUAUUCAACAUGCUCAUAUUCUUACCCAUACCUCUUGUACUCAACUUUGCUAACCUUGAGCCAUUUAACACACUCACUUGGAAGCAACUUGGCCUGAUAGUUGGUAAAGGUAUGUUUGAUAAUGUGCUGAGCGAUUUACUUUGGGCUAAGGCUAUUCUCUUGACCUCCACAACAGUAGCUACAGCAGGACUGACCAUUCAGGUUCCGCUAGCUGCAAUCGUGGAUUCACUGACAGGAAAUGCACCCCCCAUCAUGGAUUAUAUUGGAGCUGCAGCUGUCAUGGUUGGUUUUGCAGGCAUUAACAUCCCUUCAGAUUCAUGUUCAGUACCAGAAGAAGCAAGCAUUGAACUAGAAAAUGGAAAAAUUCAGUCCACAGAACCAGAUCACCCAUCACCCAGGUAG